AUGCAGCUGGAUCCGACUUUACGCUUGGACAUGGCGUGGUACAAGAAGCACCAGGUGCAUCCCAUAAUUGCCCGGAUUUUGGGAGUCGUGGAGGGCACAAGCCCUGGCAGAAUCGCCGAAUGUCUAGGUAUGGAUGCUGCCACCUUUGCCCAGGUAGUGCAGCACGAGGAGGGUGAGGGCUUGGAUUUCCUCUCACAGUACAUGGACGCGGAUCCAAACGCACUCUUCGAUCGUUCGCUUCGCUACAAAAGCUUUAGUUCCAUCCUCGACGGAGUGAAGUGCAAGAAGUGCGGUGGCACAACACCUUGGCAGCGGCUACUUACUCCAUCUACAAGUGAAGAGCCGAAGCAGGCUCCUCCCUUUACUUGCAAACAUUGCCAGGCUCAGAUUCAGCCUGGCGUGGCUCGCAAUCAGUGGCAUAGGCAGCUCAGGCAGUUGGUGAAGCAGCACUGUGAAGGAUGGGUGCAACCCGCUGACCAAGUUGCCGGAACAGAGAAGACGCGCCGAGCAAACAAAGGCGAUAACUUGGUCAGUGAGCAAACAGUCAAGAAAGAGCUGCAGUUUGCAGCCCAUCUUUGUGAAUCGGCUAGUCUCCAGACAGCAGCGGAGGAUGCAGCUCUCCAAACUGCGCUUGCAAGGAUGAAGAAGGAUGCGGACGCGUGGAUGAAAAUUGGCUGUCAGCACUUCAUUGACUGUGGACAAAUGUUUGGCGCAAUCUUCGGAACACCGCUGCUUGGCACACUCCAACAGUAG